GGUUGGGCUGAGGUACACCCAUAUACGAUCGCGAGCGUAACGAAGGUCCCUGAAUAGCUCGUGCUAUUGUGUGAAAAUGCCGGUGGUUGGACGAAGAUGUCGUACAAGAUGGCAAAUGUGCCCGGGUAUGGUUCCGAGGUUGAAGACAGGCUGUAUGACCUCACAAGCUAUUCUACGGUGGUGUUUGUUUCAGGAGGAGCAGGACAGGGAGAUUUAGAUCUGGGUGCGAGCAGAGCGAAGGUCAUAGAACUCUUCAAGACCCGAAACCCCUGUACGUCUAUCUCCAUCCAAAUUAUCCCUUUCUCCCUCAAGGAAAGUGUCUCAGCAUUUUUGACACUCCCCCUACCGCGAUUCGCUCCUGUCCCGCAACAGAGUACCUACACACCAUUACACAUUUCUUCGUAUUAUGCUUUAGCAGUGAAACGCACAAUGUUGCACGAAUCUGGAGUGAAGACAUCGAUUUCGUCCGCUGACGCCAUUUGGCGACUGGAGGUUGGUGCGAUCGAGAUCCAUGAAUAGUAAACUCUGUUAUUAUUUGGUGUAUGUCACUGACUAUUCCUCAUUUGAAAGAAGGUUUGGCUGGCGACUGAAGUGCUGAGGUGUCUAUAUCAGGCAAGUUUGCCGCUUGAAAAAAGCGACCACCUUCGGAGACCUUUAGCAUGACAUUGGGCCGCUGGAAUUCAGCAGGAAGUAUAGCAUUGGAGUUGGACAGGUGUAGAGAAGAUAUUCCAGGUAGACUAAUAAAAACAAUUUCCAUUCCUUCUAGGAUCAUGGGAUCUGAUUCUCACUGGUAACGUAUGCAUGUUACAGUAAAUGAUAUAUCUUGUGUGGUCAACCGUUGAGGGUGUUCUACGAUCCCAAAAGUCAGCUGGACCAAUACAGUAGUCGUGUUCCCUGGGACUGUCCGAG